UGGAUCGAUAGAGAGCCCCAGGCUCCUGGUUCUUGCAAAAAGCAAAGCAGCCAUGAUUGAGGCCGCCGCCAUGUUCGACAUAUUUCCGGACGGCCGACGCUUACGUUAACGCGUUCGAGGCUUGCAACAUCAUCCACUCGGAAGUUCCGAUGUUCGCAUCGUCACCCCUGGACGACCGCGCAAUCACGACCGUCUGCCAGGACUACUCUUUAUUCAAAAGAACUUUACAGCAAUCGCGGAUACUGGAAGAUAACAUAAUACCGAGACUAAACGGAUUGACGACACGGCAACCGAACUUUAGAGAGUCCUGUCAGCGGUUUGAAGAUACAUUACAAGCGGCGUAUCGAAGUAGAGAACGAUUGAUAGCAGAAUGUCUACGUGUGCGAGAUGAGAGGAUAUCGAAGAACAGAGCAAAAUUGGGGCCUUACUCGCCUGAAGACGAUUCGGAUCUCAGUAAUGAGAUUGCUCACGAUGAGGGACAGCGCCGAGCAAUAGAACGCGAGUUCACAGUCGAAGAGAUCCUACGCUCACGGACCUCCAACGUGUUCAAAACGCGAUGCGCCGAUUCCACCAUCAUCAAAGAUUUUUGGGACGUGAGGAGGGAUGCUAAACCUGUGUCCGAGUCGUCGUAGAGUUUGUAGCCAGCGAGGGGAAGAUUAGAGUUAGAUGGCUGAUUCUUCGCUGGUUCGUUUUGCGGGAAAUGAAAUGACGACAUCUAUCAACACCUGAGCCUUUGCUGCAGGACAUCAUUCCGUGCAUCCGCUUUGAACUCCAUCGUGUGACAUUAGGCGAGGAUCACAAUCCUUAUAUUGUUUUACGGUCAUGACAACCAGUAUUUUUACAGGACAGGCUACUCCUUUGAAGACUUUA